UAUUUUAAAAGGUUUCGAGGGCUAAAGUGUAAAAUAGUAUAUUUAUAUAACCCUAAUUCUCUCACAGACAGCAACGCUUUCUCCUUUAAGUUCUCUCGCCGCCGUUCAUCAUCACCGACCUUCGUUCUCCGAGAGAGAGAGAGAGGUUGAAAGCUUGCUGGCAAUGAGGGGAAGGAGCUACACUCCGUCACCACCACCAAGAGGUUAUGGAAGGAGAGGUCGAUCCCCAAGUCCUAGAGGUGGCCGAUAUGGAGGAGGAUCUCGCAGCAGAGACCUUCCCACCAGUCUUUUGGUUCGCAAUCUCCGCCAUGAUUGCAGGCAAGAUGAUCUGAGGAGGGCAUUUGAGCAGUUCGGCCCUCUCAAGGACAUUUACUUACCAAGGGACUAUUAUACUGGAAAUCCGCGGGGGUUUGGUUUUGUUCAGUUUGUGGAUCCUGCCGAUGCUGCUGAGGCGAAAUAUCACAUGGAUGGUUAUGUUCUUCACGGACGUGAGUUGACUGUUGUGUUUGCGGAAGAGAACAGGAAGAAACCUACUGAAAUGAGAGCUAGGGAGCGUGGUGGAGUAAGGAGGCGUAGCCCCCCUAGGUAUUCUCGUUCUCCUCCCCGUCGACGUGGUAGAUCUCGGUCAAGGAGUGGUGAUUAUUAUUCUCCUCCCCGAAGACAUCACCCAAGGUCUAUCUCUCCCAGGGAAGAACGAUAUGACAGGGGGAGGUCAUACUCGCGCUCACCCGCCUACAAUGGCUCAAAGGGUCGCAGUGUAACUCCAGCCAGAGGUAAGAGCCGCAGCAUAAGCCCUAGCCCAAGAAGAAGCAUAAGCCGUAGCCCGAGAAGAAGCAUUAGCCGUAGCCGUAGCCCAAGGGGAAACAGGAGCCCGGGCCCUGGGAGAAGCAUAAGCCGUAGUCCGAGAGGAAACAGGAGUCCAAGCCCCAGGAGAAGCAGGAGCUACACACCUGAACAGGCCAGAAGCCGCAGCCCACCGCGUGGGGAGCAAUACGAAGACCGUUCACCAAGCCCGUGAUUGAUUGUCUUCACUCUUUGGAUAUCCAUCUCUGUGUUAUGGUUGUCUCUCUUUUUCGUAGCUUAAGACAUUUGUGAUGAUUUGAAAAGAUGAGAUCUAUCAUCUAUGUAGGAUCGAACCUUGGCUUUAAUGCUUUGUGAUCCAUGGAGUCUUAUGAGAACCUGUUAGUGUAACUGUGUCCUCUUUUAAGAUUAAGUCUUUAUGAGUUA